AGCGCACCCACCUUCCAUUCAACCCACCGCGAAUUUCCUGAUUUCCCACUCUCAAAUUUGAAGUUUUCAUUGUUUCGAUCUGCAAAAAUGUCCGGCCGUGGUAAGGGAGGCAAAGGAUUGGGGAAGGGCGGAGCCAAGCGUCACAGGAAGGUUCUUCGCGACAACAUCCAGGGCAUCACUAAGCCCGCCAUUCGCCGUUUGGCUCGCAGAGGCGGCGUGAAGCGUAUCUCCGGCCUCAUCUACGAAGAAACCAGAGGAGUUCUCAAAAUCUUCCUCGAGAAUGUUAUCAGAGACGCCGUCACCUACACCGAGCAUGCUCGGAGGAAAACCGUGACGGCGAUGGAUGUCGUCUAUGCUCUCAAGAGGCAGGGAAGGACUUUGUACGGAUUCGGAGGGUAGAGAUUUGUGGAAGUUUCGAUGUUCAUCUGAUCUAAACGCAGAUGCAUUUUCCUGCUUGAUUUCGAAGCUGUAGUUAGUUAUCUUACCUUUGUAUUGUGGUUGAUGAAUCAGAACAUUUAUAUGAAGCGAAACUUUUUCUUAUAUCUGUCUUCUUCUCGUUUCUAUCAAAUUUGAUAAGUUUAGUUGAUUCGAUUAGGUUGUAAUUUCAAUUGAUGAUAUUUUUGCGCAUUUUGCAAUUCGCUGUAGUUUCGAGAUUCCAGUUUCCAAAAGUAUGAGCGUUCGACAGCUUUUUCUUAAGAGUGAAUUCCCUAAAUAGGAC